CUCCUGCAAUCCUCACAUUCACACACACAUGCACACACACACACACUCACAUUCACACACAUAAACUGACAGCAGCUUCUUUUAGGGCUUACCAUGACAGUCUUUUCUCAUUUCUGAUUCAAAAAGAAGGCAGGGACACAAACGCACCACUCACAGCAGGGGCAGACAUACGGGAAACUGCCACUGUCACACACUAAUAAGUCACAACAGAUAAAGUGCUGAUCUGGGACCAGCUGGAAGGACAAAAUGGGUGUUUGGACGGCCCUGAUUCUGGCCUGGCAGCUGCUAUUAAAACUGAGCUUACACGUGGAAGCCCAGGCUUUGGGUAAGUGUUAUUUUGAGAGUUUUAAUUAGCUUUUAAUAUGAAUAAUUCAGUGUUAUUUCAAAUUCAACAAAGCGCGUCAUAUUGCAGUUGCAACAGCUGUGUUUGUACAAAAAUUUUAAGAUAAAAUUUUAACGAACACAGAAAAAAAAAAGAUGUCUUUGAUUUAAUUCGAAUGGUGUAUUUUUCUGACAUCCUGGCUGUGAUGUAAUCCUCCAUUUUUAUUAUGUGUCAAAAAAGAUUUAAUGGCUCCACCACCGGGUAUUUCGACACACCAUGUAUGAGUUCGAUGCAUAAUGGAUAAAGCAGAGACCGUGAAAGAGAAUAUCAUAUGCGAACCCAAAGAACACAGAGGAUUAGACAUGGUGUGUGAUAUUCACUGAGGUGCGAAUAAAAUGCUAAACAUCCCCGCCAGUCGUGAGAGAGAUGAAGCUGCCAAAUGCAGGAAGACAAAGAAAAUUAAUAAAAUAGACAGAGUUUAAAACCCAGUCUUUCAGCUGAAGGAAAGUCACCCUGCUUUUCAUAUCUCUCCUCCCAGAUCUGCUUGAUUACUCCAGCUCAGAGGGUUCAACUCUCUGGCUCAAAUUAAUUCAAACAAAGUCCCAGCUAGGUCACACACAUGGGAAUAAUCAGAGAUGAUCUGGGCCCAAUAUUGAACUUCAAGUCCCACAGACGCUCGUCUUUCUCUCUGACAGUCACACAUAAGCUUGUUCAAGGAUACACACAAUCUGAGAGCUGCAGAGGACUUGUUGAAGUAUUGAUGUUUGUGGUUUAUCAGCUUCUAACAUCCGGUGAUGGAUGGCAUAGCUUUCAUGCGCCCAUUAAUCCCAACACUCUUUUGGCACUAGCCUCCUGAUGUUAUGUAGAAAACAAGUCCAGAUUAAUGGGGUUCAUCAUCUAUCAUUUCUUUGCAAAUGGCUUAUUGUCUGCAUGACUGUGUUUAAAAGGAGGGAGACCAAUUUGAAGCUGCGGUAAGUAAGAUUUUAGUGGCACAAAACAGCCAUUAGACCUCUGCAAAGGGUUAUUGAUCAAUAAUAAUGUCUCAAGGAUGACUUCACCGGGAGUUGAGAUUACUGGAAUUCAAAUUUCACUUGGCCAUGAGGACUCCCGGCCCGGGGACAAAGCAUAUAUCCUAAGCAGCGAUAAUCGACUAUUUUGUAAUAAGAAUGUAUCAAAGGACGUGGAAAUGUGAAAGGAGUCAUUUAUAUUGAUGAACCUACACUGAAUUAUUUCCUGAACCUGAAGUUCCCCUCAGCUUUAUUGACUUUUAUAAAAGCAAGAGUUGGCUCAUUUUUUCACAAUCAACACGACUGUUCUGGUUCGUUUUCAAAGUUCUGACACCUUUUGUUUUCAGCUGAAGAAGAAGGCAGCUGUUUUCAAUAAAACUGCUGUAAAACCCCACUGCACACUACUUAAACUGCACUGUACAGCAGAUACAAUUGACGACUAUCUUCCAAACAUAGUGGAAUAUUUAAAGACAGACUGUUCCUCUGGAUGCAUCUGUGGGUAGAAUAGGUAAAAGGAUCCAAAACAGAGCUAUAAAACGAGGUGUUUUUUCUUCUGGAUAACAACUCUGUUAUGUGAAGUUUUGGCCAGAACUCUGAUACAAGUGCAAUAAAAGAAACAGCUGUGUGCUACUAAUGUCAUAUUGACACCUGUUUACUAUCUCCGCUGAAGGAAUCCUAACCUGAAGCCAAGUUUGGCAAAAACAGGUGGAUUAACUUGAGCCACAGCUAAGCUAGAAGCCACCCCUGACAUCCUUUGUUCGCCAUAAAAUGCUAAAGAAAGACAGAUUUUAACGUGAAACUGCUUCAUUUUAGAUUUUAGUUCAACAUUCGACAUUUACAGCGAUAUAGGUGACAGUUCACAAGCUUAAAGGGAUAUUCCAGUGUAAAAUUAAGUUAGGGUCAAACACCGUAACACAGAGUUAGACACCCCCUUGAGAGAUGAAUGUUGCCGACUGCUUGCUCCUCUAGUUCUACCAUGGACUGUACAUAGAAUGGACAGCGUCUGCCUCCUCGCUGGGUGAAGCCACUCCGAGAACAGCACCCUCUGUUGAUGGGCUGAAGUAUAGGUCAUAAAUACCGCCUCCGCCAGCAAAGCUUAUGGGGCUGUGGACAAACUUUAGAAAUUUGUUACACAGAACAUAAAUUUUUCUCCCCCCUGGUUGUGAUGUUGACAUAUAGUUACAGUAAGACUGGUUUGUGCUCAAGUCCUCUUUUUUCUGUGAAGCUCUAUUUUUAAAAGUUAUUAGGGGGUUCGAGUUUUCUAUGAUUGAGACCUGGUACAGCCUAUUGGCGUUCAGGAAUUGCAAAGCUCACCCGGGGGAUAUUGUGUUUUAGCCGAGCGUCAUCACAGCGACUCUCGGCGACAGCGCGCCCGAAUGCGUGCAUCGCUACUGCGCAGCGCUGGUUUCAGGAAAUGAAAGAAAAAAAAACGGAAAUACUGAGAGCUAUUUGGCUUCAAAUCCAUAUACAGGCAGUAGGCGGAACCAAGUUGUCCAUAGUAUAUACAGUCUAUGAGUUAUACCAAAUUUAGUAAAGACAGGAUAGCAAUACACAGUGGUCUAAGGAGCCAUAAACAAACCUCAACCAAAACGUCACUCUAUAGCCACAAAUAAUGCUCAGAACAGCACCUAACUUCAUCAACAGCACAUAUAGGGUCCCAGCCAUAGUACUAGCCAUCAAACAUCUUUUUAACUUUGCCGAAUUUCUUUAGCAAAGAGACUAAACACAACUCACCCACUGUCCUCCAGCAGCCGCUUGUUUGCUUGAUGAGUCGAUCAUUGUGCGGUUGUUACAAAAGUUGGUAUAACUAGAGAAGCAAGCGGUCGGCAACAUUCAUCUCUGGAGGGGGUGUCUAACUCGGUGUUGCGGUGUGUUUGACCCUAAAUUAAUUUUACGCCGGAAUAUCCCUUUAACUAACACUAAGGUACAAGUUUUUCAUUUUUGAUCAAUACACUAAAUGACUUACUCCAAGAUACCCCAUCAAUACAGCCAGUUAGAGAUGCACUAAUCUCCAAGUUGUUCAAACAGGAGUCGACAUUCACAACUUGUCUUGUAGUAAGAAAACACUCAAGAAACUUAGGACAAUUCAUCACAGGACAUCAUAGUCUGCUGGUAAAUGGUGUUAAAUUGCUUUGCGUCUGGCUAACCAUAAAUGAGCUAGUACCACCAGCCAAUAAGCCGGUUCGAUUAGAGAUAGGUAAAUUAAUGUUCAUAAUAUAUCAUAAGAAAAAUCCUCCUUUACAAAUAUUUGCCAUCUCAUGAUACAUACGAUAAAUGCAAGUCGAUGACAUAAGCACGAGUAACGGACUCACAGCCAUAGCCCACACAGAGCAGAAUAACAAACAAACAUGGCAGAAGGUAAUGAAGAAAACGUUUCUGCGCAGCUUGUUACUGAACGAGGCUCCACAUGAGGGAUUUCCUUCAAGAUUGGGGUUUAAAUGAGUGCAAUCAGGUAUACCUAAAAGCAGACAGUGGAUCUGCUGCUGUUCACUCUGUGCAAUAAGAGUUUUCAACAAAUGUUGAAAAUGUUUUCACAUUUCAGACUUGUUUGAUGUCAUUAGUUUUAUACCUACUAACCUACCACUCAGACUUGUGAUUACAUAUCUUAUUUGACUAUUCCAACUGGUGUUCUCAAGAGAAAAUAAGUCAAAAAUAUAGAUUGGAAUUAUAAUGUUUUUUAUAUGCACUUUUAUCGUUAUCACUAGAAUGACAAAUCUCAUCAUGAUAAAUUUUUUAGCCCCUAUCGCCCAUCCCUAGGUUCAAUCAUCUGUGCUUAUUUACAUCCGAGUAGUGGAGCGUUGUAGCUUUGUAGCAGUAGAACUGAAUUAAAGCUUCAGCCCUGGAAAGCUGCGGUUGGCUGUACUGCAGCUUAGACCUAUCAUUUGGAUUUACAAUAAAGUAAAAUUCAUCAUAUGUUUAACCAACCAGGAAUCCUGAGGAUGAUAGUCUCAUUACCUCACCACUUUUGGCCACUUAUUUGAACAAUAUCAGAACAAAUGAGAGUUAAGUGUUUGACUUUGUCUCACCUUUGUAUCAGAAAAUGUCUUUGAAUGAGCAAGACUGCCUUGUUCUGUGUAAAAUAUAAAUUUGCCCACUAAGCUCUCCACAUCAGAUAAAAAAUACGAUGUCAAUGUUGUGUUUUUGGCUUCCUGUAAAUAGUCCCCAGAAGACCACACAACACUAUUACACAUCAUGAAAUGUAAUGGUUCUUUGCUCCCCUCAAGGCAAGUUACUCAUGUCUGCUGAAAAAUGUGACUGCAGUGUUUAUGUUCAUUACAUUCUGAUGUUGGUGAUGUUAUUCCUCCAUCAUUACUAAUGGCUGGCUGGGUACCUCAAAGCAUAACACUGCAAUCAAUCACAGCUUUCAACAAAUGUCAAGUAUUUGUAAUCAGUACAGAGAAGAAUUCUGUCCAUUUGUAUUCAUUGUAGUGAGCUGUGACCGUGAUGUGUUUAUACGCUGGUGUUAAGGAGGGGACAAGACAUUGGUUUGCUUUAUGGCUUUGAGCUGAACUGGUUUUAUGAAGCUUGAAAUUUGGGGUUAAUCAUGGGGUGAAAUGAGGCACUUUCUCAGGAUCUCUGGUGUAAGACGACCCUUACCCCCUCUGAGCCCUCUGUCGAGAAGAUUUAUGAACAGCAGCAGGACUAUGUGCUUUUAAGUGUGUGUGUUUUAGCCUGUGUGUAUCUGUAGUUUUUCAGCAGCUCUAAAAGCAUGAAUCAUGCAUUGAGAUUUGUUUUUCUUUUGUUGAUUAUUUGGACCAAAAUGACUGAAAAAACCACACCCACAUGUUUAUGAAGGACUCAUCGGGUAAACUUGGCAGCCAUGAGAUUAAAAGACUUAUCUCAUUGUAGCUGAAAGCAGUGUUAACAACACCAUGUGAACAGGCUUUUUGAGUGGCUUAGUCACAUUUAACUGCACACAUUUUUAAAUCCCCCGUGUUAUCCUCAAAUACAGCAUGUGCCGGACAAAAAAAAUGAGGGACCCUGGCAGAAAGGAGGGAUAAAAGUGAAAAAAGAGAGGGGAGAUCUCAUCUGGGGAUCAAGCUUCACAAUCUUGGCUGACAACGGCCAAUUUCUGCUAGCAUUUGGGAGCAAUUUUGCUCCCUCACGACAGUGGACCUCUCUGACUGCUUUCAGGCUACUUGUGCAUUCAUGAUGUGAGCAGAUGGCAGACUAGAGAUUCACAGCACAUCCUCUCAUAGCCUUUCUAGCUCCCAAGUCACUUUAUUAAAAAGAGAGUCUAACCAUAAGCAAAAGCGUACGCUGUCUCUCUGGUAUUUAACUCCCACUAAGCAGCCUGUCAGGUGUUAUGUCUAAAUUCUGCCCGUAACAACUAACUGUGGGUGAAAGUUGGAGCACACAUGCGUCUCAUCUGCUUUUACUUAGAGCUAAGAAAUAAACAGUAAAAGCAUAAUAUGUACAGCUGCUGUGUUUCCUUCAGUAUCCACAUUGUUGAGCUUUUCCUGAACCAAAUGUGCCUGCCAAGUAUUGUGCUGCAGGAGCGACAAUCACUGGGUCAACAUCAUCAUCUUGUUCUUGUUGACUCAGUAUGUGUUCGCUCUCAGAUCAGAGUGGCUGCAGUUUGUAAAUAUCCACAUCUCGCCAUCCGUUUCUCAUGUGCUGUACUAUUUUUCUCUUUCCCAUAUCUAUCACCAGUCUAUGAUCUGCUCACAUCGCCUGACUGCCUGCCAGACCUGCUGCAGGGGGGUCUGGCAGAGCAAGGCGUGAACGAGGCUUUCAUCCUCACCUCCUUCAAGUUGCAGCCCAAAACUGGAACCACCGUGUUUGGCCUGUACAACCCCAGGGACAACAGCAAGUACUUUGAGUUCACCGUGAUGGGGAAGCUCAACAGAGGUAGGAGAACAUGAAAGUGGUUUGGAGCUGCUCUGAUAAAUAUUUCUGUGUUAACAUGAGGUUAGAAGAGUGUCUGAGGUUUAAGGGGUCAAGUGUAAGCACACACACGCUAAGAUUUACACUCAGGCUUCGCAGUUUUUCUUAUCCCAAUCUAUACAGGAGAUUUUGGCACUUUUCAGCUCAUUGAUUUGAUUUUAAAGCAUACAGGCCUGAUAGAGCAGUAAUCACAUAUGCAUAAAAGACAUCAAGCUGUGAGGGACUUCUGUGAACAAGCAAUUUUGAAAACAUUUUGAGCACAUCUCUAGAAAAUUUCAGGCUGAUGUAUGGUAGUGUAUGCAUUAAAAAAAAUCAUGCACGGUUAAAGGUCCUUACACACCGGGACAGACGCAAAUAUACAACGCGAAAUUAUGAAAUAUUCAGAGGCAAAUUUUGACGCACCUGACUAUACACAUCAAGCCCGAUGUGAUUUUGCGACUUUCCGGGGGGGGGGGAAGACUCGUCCUGGGUGGAAGCAAGAAGACUGACACAACAGCAGACUGACUGUUUUUGCGAAACUUUACAAAAGUUCCGAAAAAGUAAAUGCCGCAAUAAGAAUAAGAAUAAGAAUAACUUUAUUGAUCCCCGAAGAGAAAUUCAAUUGUCUGUUGUCUCACAUAAUAUGUCUAUAAAAGUUAUCUAUUAUUUACAUAAGAGUUAUAAAGCCUUAUGGCCAUCUUGAUGGCCCUUUGGUCUAUCAAGAUGUUGUGAAGUGGGUGAUCCAUGUUCUUUAGAAUAGUCUAGAAGAGACUAGAGGUGCAUAAAACACUGUCACCUUAACAGCUUUGUGCUGUUUGUUUCUAUGCUAGAAAACUGUCAUUUAUUUUAAAGUCUUUUCUGAGUCACUCAAGAUUUUGUUUACCUUCCUAGCAACAUAUUUGUGCCUUUCAACUUCUGAUUUAAAGCCUGGUAUGUGAAUUCACAGAAAGCUUAGACCAGUUUUAAUCGAAUUGAGCUGUAAGGGAAACCCAGGUAUGCUAGUCCGACUAUGAGAAGUUCGAUUUUUUGGGCAUUGAGCUCCAUGAGGUGAAAGCUUAGAUUUGAUGUUUAUGAGUUAACCUUAAAUUUAAAGAACUGUUACAGAGAUGUCUUUAAAAUAUGAAAUCAUCAUAACAUCAAACCUUACUCUUGUGAGGUUGGCGAGUUCUUUGACACCUUUUACUUUGGCUGAAUCAGGUUUGGUUUAUUGUGGCUUCUGGGUAGGCUCCCUUCUUUUUAUAAUUAUUUCCUGUGUUACCCCUUUUAAUGUCCUGUUUUCUCACCCAGUAAAUUUCUCACUGAGUCUGAUGGGUUCAACAUGUUUUGCACUCGUUUAUGCAGGCUUGCAGAAUAGAAAAUGUCUCACAUUUCGUAGUUUCAGAUAAAAAGAAGUCAGAGUUAAGGUCUGCCACUGGGGCAGGGACCAGCCAUGUGACUGCAGACUUGCUGUUAUUUAGAUGAAUCAAGAUUUAGCAGUAUAUAUCCCCUCUAAAUCUCUCUCCUGUUAUCUUCCCUCACUUCCUCUUUCCUGUCUUUGUCCUCUCAAAGCCGUGUUGCGAUACCUGCGGAGUGACAAGAGGAUGAGCUCAGUAACCUUCAACAACCUGGUGUUGGCAGACGGCCAACAACACCGACUGUUGUUUCACCUGAAGGGGCUACAGCAGCAGGGGCCAGGAGGGGUGGAGCUGCAUCUGGACUGCAGGCUGGUGGAGACGGUCAGGGAUCUCCCGGCUGCUUUCCAGGGUUUACCGCCGGGUUACGGUACAGUGGAGCUGAAGACCAUGCAGGCAAGAGAUCAGGUAAUCCAAUUCUGGAAGUAUUUCAGUCAUGAUCCAUUCCUCUGAAAGUUCGUGUUUCAGACAAAGCUACAGUAUCAGUUCAAAAUCGACCAAAUUUGAGCAUUAUUUUUGUCCAAUCACAGCAACUUCACUACAAAUGUGGCCAAUCAUUUGGUGCCUGGUGUGUACUAUACUGUCAACAAACCACAUCCUUGUCAAGAUUUAAACCUUAGUAAGUCAGCAAAAACUGAAUAGAGGACAAAACUGCUUCUUAAAAGUAAAGCCAAAACACUGGAAAGACAGCAUUCUUUACCAGAUUAGCAGAGCAGAGGAGGACAAAUGAGGGAACUGUCAUUUAACUUUCCAUGAGCCAAAGUGUCGUCUUCACAUUCAAGAAUCCAGUCUGCUGCAAAAAAAGUUUGAUUACGCUCAGUAUGAAGUUCACCGUAGGGUUCCACUACAUCCAACUCACUAUAAGAAGAGGGAAUGAGUUUGUGAUUAUUGCUGCGUUCCAGUUGUACUCAGAAGUCGGAAUUUCCAAGCUCCGAGUUGGAAAUUCAUCUGAAACGCCCCCCCCCCUGAAAUGGGAUUUCCGACUUGGAAAGUCCGACAAUCCUCGCCAACCCCGACUUGACAACAACAUCAUAAUCCAAGAUGGCCACGCAGUGCAUCAACAGUAAAGAGUAACAGUAAAAGCCCUCGUAUUAUUUAUUAGUGCCUCUGUUUUGUUUUUGUGAAAUUAAUUAAGUGGUAUAUGUUAUACUGCCCAGUGUCUAACUGUGAACACGGCGCUAUGGUAUUUGUUGAGUAAGAUACAGUGUUAUGCGUUGUUUACAACUGGUAUAGCUAACAACAACUAACAACAGCUGACAACCGCUAACAGUAGGGUUGGGCAUCGAGUCUCGAGCAUUGAUGGGGACCAGGACUAACAUUUCGAUUCUCCCGGAAUCAUUCAAAUUUUAAAAUUUUGAUUCCAAGUUUUGAUGUUGGAGUCCACUGACCGGAAGAAAUAGCCAUCGAACACCAAUGAGGAGGAAGCCGCUAAACACCAAUGAAGAAGAAGCCGCCGAACACCAACGAGGACGAAGCGUAUGUGAUGAAGCCACAGAGAGAAGAGAGAAAGAGAGAGAGAGAGAGUGCAUUGCAACCCACAUUAUUGUAUUAUCGACAAAAGUUUGGCCAACUUUAGCAGAAAGAAUGAUCUCUUAUCUCAGAGCAACUUUAGCAACACAGUUAAAUCAUACAAGGUAGGGUGAACAACCAACAUGAUUAAACACCUCAGGUUUCAUGGAGGAAAAAUACCUGGGUGCCCCGUCUUAGAUGCGCCUCGCCGGUCUUCCACUAACCAGCCAGAAUCAGAUAAGUGAAACAAUAACUUACUUCUGUCUUCUGCUAACUUUGAAGCGGCAAACAAACUGUACUGUGUACGGUGGGUCAACUUAAAUAUCCAACUAACAUUAGCCCUUGUACUUUUUGUAGACAAACGACCUGACAACAAAAAUUGAUAUUUAUAUACUGGUUGAAAAUAGCCCUGUGAGAAAUUCAUAGUAAAGUGCUUAAAAAGUUCAUAUAAUUUAAAAAUUCAUGGAGAAGUUCAGAAAUUUCAUCCAAAAAGAAGAACUCUGGUUAGCGCCCUCAUUUAAACCAUGCUUUUUUUUUAAUAGCCUGCCUUUUAAAAGAAUCGGAAUAGAGAAUCAUUUGGAACCGGAAUCGAUCAAAAUCAAACGAUACACAACCCUAGCUAACAGUAGGCGUCCAUCUUUCUGAUUUUUUAACUGGAACGCCAUCAACUCAGAUGUAACGUCAUUACCAGCUCCGAUUUAUGAGGUAACUGGAACGCAGCAUAAGGACACAACUCUUGGUCUGUAGGGAAGUUCCUCCAAAUCUCAGAUCAGACCUCUAUGUUAGUUGGACAGCUGAAGUUAUGAGCUGAGGCAGUGUAAACAUAACAAAGAGCUUUGGGACUCUCCUUUAAACAUAUUUUAACUUUAAAUUGUGAUAAUUUUGAGCCUGUUGUUUUGAAAGCUUUGGAGCUUCAAUAGAAUAUUGGUGUUUUGAUGAAGACUUCACAGCAUGUUUUCUUUGGGCUUUUGUGAACAAAAUAAAGGUGGUUUUUUUAUGAUGUUUGGCACAAUCACCACAGCUGUAAUUUACAAAAUUUAUGUGCUUUUGUAGUUUUAUUAAGAAUGCCUCAAAGUAUUGGAACAUACAGAUCAAUACUUCUGAAAAGAUAGAGCGAACUCAGGCAGUUUUUGUUGAGGCAAGAAUCCUGGAGUGACUGAAUAACGAGUUUGUCCAUCUCCAUACUUGAUUACAACAUUUCCAAAUGUCUUAGUCAUACACUUGUUUUAUUCUAACAGGAGAGUUUGGAUGAGCUCAAGCUGGUGGUUGGGGAUUCAUUUGAGAAUGUUGCUUCAAUACAAGACUGCCACUUCCAACAAAGAGACGCCGUCCAGAGUCUGGGUAAGUGUCCUUCUGUGGAAGUUAACACCCACAGAGAUGGCCAAAUGUUUCCAGGGACAACAAUCCCGGCAGUAAGAAAACAACAGUCAGUGUUUGUCAGAGUGACUUGAGAACAAUUUCAGAGAAUCCCCCACCUCUGCUUCAGUCAAAGGAAAUAACAGUCCUUUUCUCUUAGGGGUCAACACGAAGCAGCUGUCCAAUCAAAUGCUGGAGUUAACUAAAGUGAUAAAUGAGCUGAAAGACGUCCUCAUUCAGCAGGUAACUCCUUCUAACAGUCCCACUGAGGCCACUUAAUCCUGCUUCCUCCCCCCCUGACCUCCCUGACAGCUCGCCUGACUACAUCUAAACUUGUUUAUGUUUGACCCCUUUCAGGUCAAGGAGACCUCGUUUCUUAGAAACACCAUCUCAGAGUGUCAGGCCUGCGGUAAGCUUUCAUCACGGCUAUUUUCGGUUUCACAAAAAAAUAAAAUGACAGAUGUUUCAUUAAAAGCACAUUUCUUUGUUAUUCAAAGGUCUGGGUGGCACCGAGAUUGUAAAACCCAGGUGUGCUCCAGGCGUGUGUUUCCGUGAUGAUAUGUGCAUUGAGACAGCGGAUGGUGUGGAUUGUGGACCAUGUCCUGAUGGGUACACUGGGGAUGGUUUCAACUGUGAUGAUGUGGACGAGGUAAGACUCAGUGUGUGUGAAAAUAUACUUCUACUCUUUUGGGGCCUAAAAUCAGAGCAUAUCUGAAACAGAACGGAUACUUUGGAAGGUUCACUGAUGAGACUUAAACUGAAUUUCAUUCGUUAGUCUCUUGCCAUUACAUUUUUAAUCAUAUUUUGAAUCCCUUUAAAGUCCUUCAUUAUUUCCUUUUCAAAACAGUGUUUUAGGUUGAUUCUCGGGUAUUUUUUUGUCUUUAAUAGCUAAAGAGAGAGAGGUUAGGCAGGGAGUAAGAGUUCAUGGGAGAUGACAUGCAGCAAAUGGGGUUGAUUCAAAACAGUUUUUACUAGGGCCCGACUGAUAUGGAUUUUUUGGGGGCCAAUACUGAUUAUUAGGGGGGGAAAAACUCUGAUUACUGAUUAAUCAGUCGAUUUUUUAAAUUUCUUAUUGAGUUAUAAAAGAUAUCUACAGUAUACUACAUACUGUAGAUAUACUGUAGGCUACUGCUCUUCAGGCCGUCAGGAGGACCAACUGUUCAAACUCGGACCGGAGAAUCUUUUUCGACCCCCCUGCGCCGAUCGGUGUCUCCGUGUCUUAACUCACGUUACAGAUUUUCGGUCCUUUCUAAUCUGGAGACAUGCAGCUGCCUCAGUAAACAAAGUAGCUCGAUCACGUAAUGUGUACUGUUGUUUAUUCUGCUGUUACUGGCACAGCUAACGGUCUAGCAAUGCUAAUAGAUGGCUAACUCUAACUUUAGCUUGCAUAAUACAUGGUGCUUCACCGUUAACUCGGCGUGACCAAGACCAGCACAGUGGUGAACAUCGUGAAGUGGGUUGAACUGAAACUUGUUGACUUAUGGUGUAUUUCAUACACCAUAAGUCAACCAUUAAGGCGGACCACUCUCCUCCGUGCGUCCCUGAGCUGCCUGCUCUUGAUCCGUCACUCUGCUGUGCUGUGAGGUAGUUACUGGAUGUACAUUGUCAUGAGGUCGCUGCGCCAUCUACAGGAUAAGUCGGGGAAUCUUUUCAAAUGGCGGAACAUUUUUGAAGUGAAACCGAAUCAUAUCCUCCGAAUUUUAUUUCUGAAAAUAUCAGCGAAAAUCGGCGAGUUUUGGCCGAUUACCGAUUAGUCUCAAACGGGCUAACAUUGGCCGAUUUAAUCGCCUCACUGAUAAAUCGGUCGGGCCCUAGUUUUAGCGCCCAUACUGUCAAUGUAAAGCAGUUAUGUUUUGACUUGAGGAUCUAAUACUUGCAAUGUCAAGCACUUUAUGAUCCUUACUUCUACAUCUAUUACUCAAAAAAAUGCUGCACUGCUUAACUGGUGUGGUCUGAAAGUAGCUUGUCUGUGGCUCUGCCUGCUGAUCAGCUGCACCUUCAAGCUUAGCUCAUAGGUGGUAGCUCUAGCUUAAAGUGUAGAUGUACAAUUUUUAUUUAAAGUUUGACAAAAAAGUGCAUAUUACUUGUGACUCGCUAACUGGACUGUCUGGGAGUGUCUUUCAAAUGAAAUAUGCAACUUAAAAGUGCAGUGGUGUUGAUACUUCACAUCAAGGCUUCAGCAGGAAGGAAGAAGAAACUGAGGCAGCUAAUAGCACAGAAUCAAAAAAUAGAUAAUGUAUUGAUUUCAGACUUAAAUCCUGACAACUUUCAGUGUAAACACGCCGACCACUGCUGUCUUUUUAAAGAUAAAAGUUUAUUUGUACUAUUGCAUUUCCAGAUCCAGGCACAUCAGUUUGGUCAUAUUCUGGAAUUGGAUCGAAAUGAAAAUCUGACAGCUUGUUAAAUCCAUCCAAGCUUCCAGUGUCAACAGAAAAGAUGCCUGAAAGGCGUCUUUUAGCAGCAGCUGACACCUUGCGAGCAUUUGGCUCACAAACAUGGAUAAAAGAGACGUAACUUCACAGUACUUCAGUUCUUUUACACAAUAGCAGCGGUACAUGAAUGCAGCAAUAACCGUGUUGAUCAAUAAGCAACAUUGUUGUGAGGGUCCAACCGCCAACAUGUGGUCCAUUUACUCCAAAGUUGUGCCAAAGAGGACAUACAGCCGUGUAAUUGGUGGUUGCAUAAUAUGCAAAUCUGUUCAUUCCCCAUGAGGUGAGUUUGAGCCUGAGGCUGUUGCUCUCAUGAGAGAAAAGUUUGUAUAUUUCCACACAGAAAUUCUGCCACUGUGUAGACAAAUCAGUGAACUGGGAAUAGAGUUAGUAUUGUUUUUAUUGGAUGAGCUUAUUAUAAGUGGUUAAUGGGCACAGAGAGGUGACAGGAAAUGAGGAUAGACAGAGGAAAAUAGCACACCAUAGAUUACAGGCCAUGAAUCAUGCACACUGUGAUCUAUACAUGCAAUUAUUUUCCUAUAGGGCUGGUAUUGAAGGGGGAACAUGUAGGAACUGGGGAAGAAAUUUGCAUUUCAUAUGUCAGCUCUGCAGAUCCAAGUCUAUAGAUUCAGGGAUUCUACUCUGUUGAAACCCUUUUUUAAUCUAACAAGAGAAGUAGGUAGGUGAUUUUUUAUAAACACGGUGCUGCAUUUAUAACUUUGGUUCUUUUAGUUUGUCUCUCUUUGAGCUCUUUGAUUAACACCAUGAAAGGUAAAGACUAUUACUGGAGAUGUUCAGAACAGGAUUUAAUAUUUGCCAAAAACUAAUUGGCAAUUUUGUCAAACUAAUCCUGGAGUCAUAAUUGUUUUUAACCAGCUAGCCGUGAUACAUGCCUCUGCCAACAGCUGCCAACUUCUAAGAAAUACCAAUGUAGCCCUCAUUAAGCAUGAAACGACUUCCAACCGGGACUUCUCUUUCAAAGCGCCGUUUAUGUCGACAACAUGAACACCAUCAUUUCUUGGUUUAUAACAUCUCCUGGAGUAGUGCCUGCACAUAUGUUUCUAAUAUGUCUCAGCCCAACUGCAGACAGCAAAUUACUCUGGCUUACUUCAGCUGUAUGAGCCCAAAAUAAAUCCAUUUUCUUGUGAUUUCCUUACAGUCAACAGGAGUUGUUUUUUUUUAAGUUGUCAAGAGUUUUUAUGCACUUCUAAAUCAGUUAAACAUAAAUUAUUUGGAAUCCCCAAAGACAGCACAUGUGUGUGUCGCAUCAGUGACUUUGCUUAGAAGUGAGCGGAGGGGCAGAGCUGCAGAGAGCACUGAUGCUCUGCACUGUUUCAUAAUGAAUGAAUAUUCGUUCUGGACAUUUGAAGGAUCUUAUAAACUCCCACAGCCCCCCAAUAGAGGACAUGUCAGGGUAAAAGAGGACGUAUAGUCACCCUAUCUUAUGUACCUUCAAUGCCACACUGAAACGGGGCAGCAGCAGCUGACAACCGGUGUUCAACAGGUGUUGUGCCGUAUAAUGCACCCCUGCCGCAGAAUAGACCCCUGAUGGGAGCAAGGUUGAAAGUACAUCACAAGGCAAAAUAAUCCAAGUUUUCCUUACCAUUGGGUGGAUUUAAAAGCGUGUGCCUUUAAUGAUUUUAUUCAGGCUAUUCGGAUAAGCCGAAAACAAUAGCCCUCAGAUUCAGAAGGCUAUGAAGUUAAAACUGGAUGAUUUGCUUGCAGUUUAUAGAGAUUAGUAACUUGUUAGUAGGGGCAGAAAAGUCAUUGUGGUGGAUUUGUGUUCUGCCUGCUUUUGUUCUCCACACUCAAGCUAAUGUGUAAUUAGUCAAUACCACUUCACUCUAUAUGCCUACAACAAACAAAACCAUGAACCUUCUUUGUUUAGAUUCUACUUUUUUAUGUAGAAUUUGUAAACAUAGAUUCAUGUUGAACAAUGGCCAGAUUUGGGCGGCUCACUAAAUAGGUCCUCUUUUCAGUGUGCAUCUUUGACACUGAGUUUUAUUGAUCUAAUAACUAACUAAACCAGAUCUGUCAGCCUUAACAGGGCUCAUGUGCUCCUUUCUACAGUGCCAGUUUAACCCCUGCUUCCCAGGAGUGAAGUGUGUGAACACUGCCCCGGGAUACCGCUGUGACGCCUGUCCACUGGGCUACACUGGCCUGGCAGUGGAGGGUGUGGGCGUCUUGUUUGCUCAGACCAACAAGCAAGUAAGUAGAUGAGGGAAAAAAACAAAUCUCAGAAACUUUGAUUUAAAGCCCAGAUUGUCAAAUAUGAAAGACAUGUUGUGAUAUGCAAGACUCAAAUUGGGUCAGCUUGUCUGUUGGAUUGCAGGUCAGUGAAUCACUGACAUCCAAAACUUGGUAAGAAGAAUAAUAGUAGAGUGUGUUUGUCAGGUCAAACAUGUAGGAGCCACAUGUUUAUUCUUUGACAAUAUUGUAAUUUCUUACUCUUUUUAUGCAUUAUUUUAGUAUCUUCAAUUGGACAAGAAACCGCUAACUAUAUACAGAAUAACUUUGUUGACUCCAACACUGUAUAUGGUGGUUCAAUCUGGUGAAGUAGAGGCAUAAAGUAUCAUGAUAUUUCAGAAUACUGAAGUAAAGUACAAUUGUCCAUGUGUGCUUCUUGCAUCAAACAAAUCAACUAAAAACUGAAACAGCAAAAAAUAGGAAAGAAAUAUGAUAUUACAUUUACUUUCUCCAAGGUUUUCUGUUCACAGUAUCUUGUUGUCAAAUUUAGGUCUGUGAUGAUGUCGAUGAAUGCAAAGGACCCAACAAUGGAGGCUGCACAGCAAACUCACUCUGUCACAACUCUAUGGUAAGACUACUGUUAAUAUGAAAAACCAGAAAACUACAAAGCGCUUCAGUAGGACAGUCACUAUUUAUGUCUUACUACCAGCUGUCCAAAAAAAAGCAGAUGUGUUCUUUCCUGCACAGGGCUCUUACCACUGCGGCAGCUGUAAGACAGGCUUCACAGGAGAUCAAGUAAAAGGCUGCAAGCCAGAGGUCAGCUGCGGGAACAGCCUGACCAACCCCUGUGAUAUCAAUGCACAGUGCUCUGUGGAGAGGGAUGGAUCUAUCUCUUGUCAGGUGUGUUUUUCUUUUCCAAGUGUUUUUUUUUACCAGCACACACAAUUUCUACAUGGCCAGAACUUCAUAUAAUAUCUAGCAUUCUCACGAGUUUGACAUGUCCUUUUAGUGUGGAAUCGGCUGGGCAGGAAAUGGAUACCUGUGUGGCAAAGAUACUGACAUUGAUGGAUACCCAGAUGAGAAACUGAAAUGCAAAGAUGCAAACUGCAAAAAGGUAAAAAAAAAAAAAUGUGACUUUGUUGAAAUAGCAACUAUACUUUGAUUGGUGGAGCCUUCAAUUGUAAUUAUGCGACUAUCACAUCUCUUUGCAGGAUAACUGUAUCUUUGUUCCUAACUCUGGUCAAGAGGACACUGACAGGGAUGGUAAAGGCGACGCCUGUGAUGAGGAUGCAGAUGGUGAUGGUAUCCCAAAUGAACAGGUUGGUUGAAAUUUGUGCAUCUCUUGAUUAUCAUCUUCUGUUGCAACCCUGACAAUUUACAAUCCAUGAAGCCUGAGAAAUUAAAACAGAAUUAUAAUUUCUUUUGGUUAAUACUGACACGUUAUGAUCCAAUUUACUUUUGAACGGGAACAUUUAAGUUUAUUGAAGAAGCAACUUGUUAUUCUGGAGAAUGGCACCCCUAUUCUUUUCACAACAAUAUUGUGACUCCUAUAUAUCAUACUUUUUCCAUGGCAAAACAUACAGUGAGUGAUAUAUUUCAAAAAUAAAAGACAAUAUGAUGAGGUUUUUGUUUGAAAAGACUUCUUGUACACAAAAAGAGAUAAAGGGUAUUACUUUAUUACUCAAACUGGUGUUUUGUCUCGUGCUAGAUUUGUUUUUAAUUUAUCCAGCCACCAGUGUUGGAAAAAUGAAGCGGGCUUCAAACUGCAGUACCUCAAGUGACCACUUGAGGCUGGCUUCAAAAGCCCGUGAUGUCCCAUUAAGACCCAUUUAAAAUGUUCAUUCCUACAGCAGAACAAAACAUGUUUACAGCCUGGUACAAAAUGAGGAUUUGUGACAGUAAAGCUUAUUUCUCUUUUUGUACUCACUCUGAAGGGGGGGAUUUUUUUUUCACUGGUGUUGAAGAUAUUAUAAGUAGGUUUACUUAAAGGUAUGGCUGACUUAACUGAAAUGCAGUAGUUGACAGUGAACAUAACCAUGGAUUUGGUCAAAUAUUACUCCAGCACGAGUAAAGGUCACGCUGGCUUAAGAAAGUAAAAUGUUUAACCUCGUUAAUUCAUCUUCAAAACUAUGUUCUCUUUGUUGGCUGGCUAAUUGUUUUAGCUCCCUGCUUGCAAGGACUUUUGCAAAGAUGUCGACAAAAGCUUGUUCUGAGACACAAAUACACUCGCAGAGAUCUUCGUACCGUGAAAGAGGCCUUUGUGUUCUCUGUCUGUCUGUCUCAGGACAACUGCUGGUUGAAGCCCAAUGUGGAUCAGAGGAACAGUGACAAGGACAGCCAUGGCGAUGCCUGUGACAACUGUCGCAUGGUGGAGAACCCUGACCAGAGGGACACUGACAGUGACGGCAAAGGGGACGCCUGUGAUGACGACAUGGAUAAUGAUGGUAUGGAGAGAAAUUACAUCACUAACACUGACGUUAAUGCUUAUAUAACCAGAAUCACUGAAGGCAUUCACUGUUAUAAUUUAUAAGUCUGUUCUCUCUUCACACUUCCCGCCAACAUUAAAUAAUCCAACAAACACUCAUGCAUACGUGGUUUAGUGUACGUUGCAUGUCUCUCUAAAUCAUUUUGUAGGAAUAUAUCACUGUGCAGAGGUAAGGAUGCUUUUAAAGCCAGCUUAGGUAUGAGUAACAGCACUGCAGAAAAUAAGAAGAAAAAAAAAGUUGAGGCCAACAGCAGUCUGAGCACAAGCUUUGAUCAUCCAGCAGCAUGAUUACACCUCAAAAAGCCCCACAGGAGAGAAGAUAGCUUUUCCUUAUCGCUGCCGCUUGACCUUUAUGCAUUUGUGGUGCUGCUGCUGCCUCCAUGCGAUGAAUGGCAAAAAGCACCUGAGCUGGAAUGGGUGCUCAUCAAAUUGGAAGUGCAACAGUGCAACCAAGAGGUGAAAUUAUAAACUACAGGCAGAGUAAUUAUUCAUUUAAUCAAAGCAAGGUUGCACUGUAAUGUAUCAAUGUUUCCAUGCAUUUCUUAAUUAAAUGUAAAUUGGUCAGUGUGAAAGGGGUUUCCAAGAAAAUACUCUUGCCUGCUUGCUAUAAUAAAUCACUUUGAUUGAUUAAAUCCAGGUAAUGAUCUUUCCCUUCUGGCAACACCUGCACUUGGUAAUAAAUUCGCAGUAACAUGGUUUAUUUUAUAAACGGCUGCAUCUAAUGACUCUUAUAUUCAUUACCAACCGGCCUAGAUUACUCACUCACUACAUGAUAAAUCUACAUAAAAUAUUAGAGAAAUUGUGAAAAUGUCCACUGUCCUUUAAUAGCUUGUACAGAAAUCUUUUUUUGCUAUCACAAGAGAAAGGAAAUUGUACAAAAUCAGCAUAAUUAGAAAGAUAAAACUAUAAAGUAUUUUGUUAUUAUCACAACUGUAAGAGGAUCAACUAAUCUAGAUAGAUAGUCACAUUUUGGUUUUACUUCGGGUGCUUACCCUGUGUGAGCCAAAGUGCAGGAUAAGUUUACAUUUUACUGUGAUGGAUGUCCUUCAUAUUAAGAAAAUAGGAGUUUUUCAGGGAGCUAAAUAACACUAACAGACUCGUCUUACUAAUUGGCGAGCAGGCCUGAAGAAUUUUCUGGACAACUGCCCACGAGUCAAGAACCCAGACCAGCAGGACCGGGAUGGAGACGGAGUUGGGGACGCCUGUGACAGCUGCCCUGACAUCCCAAACCCCAACCAGGUCAGUGUGAGCCAGAGGGACGGAUUGCUGUGGUGAGAAUUAAUCCAGUACAUAUGUUUAUGCACUUUGGGGCACCCAGAGAGGUACAUGUCAGGGGGGUUUGUUUUCUUUGACUUCCAGUAAAACUUUCAGUCAAGUUUUCAGUCGAGAUAUUUUUGCCUAACUAAGCUCUGUGCUCUUGUUUCAGUCGGAUGUUGACAAUGACCUGGUUGGAGACUCUUGUGACACGAACCAGGACAGGUAAAAGAAAACUUUUUUUACCAGUUCAAUACUGUUUCAGGGCUGAUUUAUAGUAGCCCAUGGGACCAAUAACUGAUGUUUGGAAUGAUAUAAAUCAAUCAUAAAAAAACAAUACUCUGUCAAAGUUUAGUUUAGUAAUUCAAAGUUAAAAAUUGAGUUUAAAGCUCCUGUGAGUUUUUGAUUAUGAAUGAAAUGAACAGUGAUUCAUCCUUAUAACAUACAAAAGCUAAUGAGACCAUCACUGACAAGACAGGCAAUUUCUAUAUUGUAGUUUGUAAUAUCUGUACAGCUGUGAGGGGGCAGGUGAGCUGAGGACAUAGCCUUUGUUAACUCUUUCCAAAGCAAAUAUUCAUGAUAUCAUCAACAUUAUAUACAGGAGUUAUUAAUUAACCAAUUUAACCUACUUACAGCUGAGCCAACAUAGUUCAGUUUUUAAUCAGUUGAUCUUAUCAGCUCUAUGUUAAAGGGAUAUUGCAGCGUAAAAUUAAUUUAGGGUCAAACACACAGUAAUACUGCUGCGGGGUGACGCAGCUCAAGGAAGAACAUUUAUGAUUAUAAAUGUAUCAUUUCCUUCCUUCCUGGAAGAGAGUAGGUGAGUUGUGUUUAGUCUCUUUGCUAAAGAAAUUCGGCAAAGUUACUAGUGCUAUGGCUGGGGACCCCAUAUGUACUGUUGAUGAAGUUAGGUGCUGUUCUGGGCAUUAUUUAUGGCUACAGAGUGGUGUUUUGGUUGAGGUUUGUUUAUGGCUCCUCAGACCGCUAUCCUGUGGUUGUUACUAAAGUUGGUAUAAAUAGAGAAGCAAGCAGUCGGCAACAUUCAUCUCUCAAGGGGGUGUCUAACUCUGUGUUGCGAUGUGUUUGACCCUAAAUUAAUUUGACGCCGUAAUAUCCCUUUAAAUAAAGGAAUGACACAGAUAAGGGCCAAACCCCCUAAAUCGGCCUAAGUUGAUAAUCAGUCUGCUUCCCGACAACUACAAUUACAGAUUCUGAAAAUGUCAUGUCCUCAUGUGUCUUCUCCAUGCAGCGACGGUGACGGUCACCAGGAUACCAAGGAUAACUGCCCACACGUGAUCAAUAGCUCCCAGUUGGACACUGACAAAGACGGUAUUGGCGACGAGUGUGACGAUGAUGACGACAACGAUGGGAUCCCUGACAUCCUGCCCCCGGGACCAGACAACUGCAGGCUGGUACCAAACACUGACCAGACUGAUGACAACAGUGAGUAUGACUUUAGCUCCUACAACAUUAAAGCAUUUUUAAUUGAAGUUUGUAUGUCAUUUCUCUGUCUGACAACCACCUAAAUGAGCUGAGUUAUAUGUCCAUGUUUUUGUGCACAUGCUCAUCUUUUCCCUGGACUGCUCCUCACUGACCUUUUCAUGCAAUCCAAGGACCAAGUGGGGCGUGUGACAAGCUUUUAUUGGCAUUCAGGGAGUUCAGUGAUGUAAAAAGGAGAUUGACCUUCUGGGAAAUCCAAUGAUGUUCGACUAAAUAUGACAAUAAAUAGGCAAACUGAAAUGGCAAUUUAACCAUGUGCAGCUAACCAUUUUGACAACACACAAACAUAUAAAACAAAUCUACCAAGACAUGCACGCUGUUUAAGGCAGUCGCUAUUUUACCCAAGCACAGCAUGGCAUUUCUGUUCAAGUAACCAUGAAUUCUGUGACCUUUUGGAGGUCAUAACUGUAGUUCAUAAGCCGUCUGAUGACUGUAUUAACAUUUCAAUAUGGAGGAGCUAACUCCAUCUCAUGAGACAGAUUCUCAACUGCUUGAGACUUAAUUCUAGCACAGAGACAGCAGGACGACAAUUUCUGAUUCUGCAAAAAAAAAAGAAAAAAAAAAACAUUCCCAACGAAAGAUGCAGAUCACAGUAAUCUUGAAAACAGUCCAUCAGCAAAUAACUUUUUUCUUUAUUUAAAAUGUGAAUGGCCCCUUCAGACAGGACUCGUUUUACGCUUUGGCAGCACAUUUUUGGGUGAUUUGUAUUCAGACCUCACAGCUCUGCAGCUUCUCAAAAAGAGACAUCAAUUUCCUUUGGAGGCUCGCCUUUGUGACAUUUUUGUUGAAGCCGGUUUCAAAUCUCCUAGUCGUGACGAGGUGGAAAACACAUUGGUUUUAAAGAAAUGAAAGGAGCAGAUCACUUUGCAUACUGAUGUGGCACAGCCGACACUUGUGAUCAUGAUAUGAAAAUCCUUAUUGACUUAGAUAAAGUCUAACUCCUUUCCAAAUCUAAAUCAGAGGUCGGUUUUGUGUUUCAGAUGAUGGCGUUGGAGAUGUGUGCGAGUCUGACUUUGACCAAGACAAAGUGAUCGACAGGAUUGACAACUGUCCCGAGAACGCUGAGGUUACCUUGACUGACUUCAGGGCCUAUCAGACGGUGGUGCUGGACCCUGAGGGCGAUGCUCAGAUUGACCCUAACUGGGUUGUUUUGAACCAGGUGAGCUGACACUUCCUCCUUUGAGGCAGGGGACAGAAGUUAGACGAGAAUUGAUAACAUAACUGGUUUAUCAGUUCCCCUUACCAAACAUUUCCUGUACCAAAAUCCUGCUCCACUUCAACACCUACAGCUUAUUAAUGAAAGAUCUGUGAACAGAGAUAUUACACAGCAUAUAAAUGUCUUCCUGUAAAUAUUGCAUGUUAAAUAUACUGACUUUAUUGCACAGGUGAUAUGUAAAUGCUGUUCAGGGUGUCACAGUGCACAUAGCUCACAAGUUAUCUCUCUUAUUCUUUCACAGGGAAUGGAAAUCGUUCAGACCAUGAACAGUGACCCGGGACUUGCUGUUGGUAAGACAAGCAUUGUUUAAAGUGAAUGUCAGUCACCAUCUUUGAAGGGAUGUUCCAGUGUAAAAUUAAGUUAGGGUCAAACACACCGUAACACCAAGUUAGACGACCCCUGAAGAGAUGAAUGUUGCCGACCGCUUGGUUUUCUAGUUAUACCAACUGUAGUAACGACUAGGGCCCCAACCGAUAUGGAAUUUUUGGGGCCGAUGCUGAUUAUGAGGGAGGAAAAAAAUCUGAUUACCGAUUAAUCAGACGUUUUUUUAAAUCUUUUAUGAAGUUUUUAAAUUUUGUUAAUUUUAGUAAUAUAUUAACAUAUUUAUUGUUUUUUAAACAAAUGGCUGCUUUUGGGCCUUUCAAACACUUCUCAGUAACAAUAACCUCAGUAAUAUUCUACGUAUUUAUCAUGAAUCAAACUUGGACCAGAAAAGCGUUUUUAACUACUACUUAGUGACUCAUUUCUGGUCUGCUCUCAUCUGGAGACAUGCAGCUGCCUCAGUAAGAGAAGUAGCUUGAUCACGUAAUGUGUACUGUUGUUUAUUCUACCGUUACUGGCACCGCUAACAGUGUAGCAAGGCUAAUGGCAGGUGGCUAACUCUAACUUUGGGUUGAACUGAAACUUGUCGACUUAUUGUGUACUUCACAAACUAGUUUAUUUACCGUUGAGGCGGACCACUCUCCUCCAAGCUGCCUGCUUCAGAUCCGUCACUCUGCUGUGCUGUGAGGUAGUUAGUGGAUGAAGAUUGUCAUGAGGUCGCUGCGCCAUCUACAGGAUAAGUCGGGGGAUCUUUUCAAAUAGCGGAGCAUUUUCGGAGUGAAUCAUUUACUUUUGCCUGAUUUCUUUAGCAAAGAGCCUAAACACAACUCACCCACUCUCCUCCAGCAGCCACUUGUUUGUACAGAGAGUCCAUCGACUAUAGUGGGGUGACGCAGCUCAAGGAAGAACGUUUAUGAUUAUUUCUUCAUGGAAAUGCAAUCAGACCAAGACACUAAGGCAGAAGAACUACCGCGUCUGCAGUGCAAAAUGAUUAAUAUGGUGAUUAUUACUUCAAGGAAGUAAUAAAGUAAUGAUUAAAAAUGUUCUUUCUUGAGCUGUGUCCCCCCGCUGCAGUCCGUAAUGGACAUGCCUGAGGUCUCCAUACAAACAAGCAAAUUGCUGGAAGAGAGUAUGUGAGCAAGCGGUCAGCAACAUUCAUCUCUUGAUGAGGUGUCUAACUUGGUGUUACGGUGUGUUUGACCCUAACUUAAUUUUACACCAGAAUAUCCCUUUAAAGAAAAUCCACCAUCAACAGACACAAAUUGACCAAAACCAUCUGUUUCUAGGUUACACAGCUUUCAGCGGCGUGGACUUUGAAGGCACAUUUCAUGUAAACACGGUGACCGACGAUGACUACGCUGGUUUCAUCUUUGGCUACCAAGACUCAUCUUCCUUCUAUGUCGUGAUGUGGAAACAGACUGAGCAGACCUACUGGCAGGCGACACCCUUCAGAGCUGUGGCCGAGCCUGGCAUCCAGCUUAAGGUGAAGAAAAAUUCAUGUCAUAAAUCCCCUGCAGCAGUUUCAUACUCCUCCUAUUUUUAUCCCUUGACAUAUUUUUCACAGUUCUGCCUCUCUGUUGUCUGUCUGUUCCACAUCUCACAUCCCACAUCCUUCAUUUCUCUGCUUCUGACUGUUUGUCAGGCUGUGAAGUCUAGAUCAGGCCCUGGAGAGCACUUGAGAAACUCGCUGUGGCAUACAGGAGACACCAACGAUCAAGUGCGUCUGCUGUGGAAGGACCCAAGAAAUGUGGGCUGGAAGGACAAGGUGUCCUACAGAUGGUACCUGCAGCACCGCCCACAAGUCGGAUACAUCAGGUACGACAAUAACGUUUUUGAAGUUUGUCCACAGAAUAUUAUUAACAUUUCAAACCUUUUCAAAAUCAUUUUCAAGUUUGUCAGCUAAAAUUAGCAUUUUGUUCCUACUCAUGGGAACAGAAAACUUAACAAAAACUGCAGACAACAACGUGAAAAUGAAAUAUAACCAGGCGUUACAACAAAUAUUACUUUUCCGUAAACCUGCAAGAAUCACAAAAUCUUUGCAUCUGGUGAGUCAUUGUGCAAAACAUAAUUCAAGAUCAGCAUAUUUAAUACAUCCUUAAAAUUCAGAGCACAAGACGCACUUUCAGUGUUUUGUUUUUACUCCAAAAAUCAGCGUGUUUCUGUGAUAAUGGAGCUUUAAUAAAACUAAAACUUUGUCAUGGACUUGCACCACAAUAAUGUGGAAAUGGUCUGCAAAUAUACUUAGGUGGCCCACCCAAGUAUCUUACAUGUGUGGGAAACCCUGCAUAGGCUGAGCUGAAGGGAUUGCAAACUCCACACGGCAAAAAUAGAUGGUACUAAAAAGAUCAACACUCAGUUGCAGUUGAGGGAAACUUUGUAAACCUUUUUUCUGAAGCUGACCCUUGAAACAGAGUGUGACAUAUGGGUGCAACUUAUCUCCUGGGUCACAUAAUACAUAAACCACUAAAUAAGAGCUAACAUUAUAACAGGUGCAGACAGGCAAUCAUAUGUUUGCAUAUAAACAACAAGAAAGCAGACAAAACAAGCAGUUUCUUAUACAUAUACUAUACAUACACAUACACACACAUGGAUACAUAUAUACCUACAGGGGUUGGACAAUGAACUGAAACGCCUGGUUUUAGACCACAAUAAUUCAUUAGUAUGGUGUAGCACCUCCUUUUGCGGCCAGUACAGCAUCAAUUCGUCUUGGGAAUGACAGAUACAAGUCCUGCACAGUGGCCAGAGGGAUUUUGAGCCACUCUUCUUGCCGAACAGUGGCCAGGUCACUACGUGAUGUUGGUGGAGGAAAACGUUUCCUGACUUGCUCCUACUAAACAUCCCAAAGUGGCUCAAUAAUAUUUAGAUCUGGUGACUGUGCAAGGCAUGGGAGAACACUUUCAUGUUCAUCAAACCACUCUGUCACCAGUCUUGCUGUGUGUAUUGGUGCAUUAUCAUCAUGAUACAUGGAACCGCCUUCAGGAUACAGAGUUUGAACCAUUGGGUGCACAUGGUCCUCCAGAAUGGUUCAGUCGUCCUUGGCAGUGACGCGCCCAUCCAGCACAAGUAUUGGGCCUAGGGAAUGCCAUGGUAUUGCAGACAAAACCAUCACUGAUCCACCCCCAUGCUUCACUCUGGGCAUGCAACAGUCUGGGUGGUACGCUUCUUUGGGGCUUUUCCACACUGUAACUCUCCUGGAUGUGGGAAAGACAGUAAAGGUGGACUCAUCAGAGAACAAUACAUAUUUCACAUUGUCCACAUCCCAAGAUUUUUGCUGCUGGCACCACUGAAACCAACGUUUAGCAGUGGCAAGAGUGACCAAAAGUUUGGCUAUAGCAGCCCGGCCGUGUAUAUUGACCCUGUGGAGCUCCCAACAGACAGUUUAGUUGGAAACAGGAGAGUUGAGGUGCACAUUUAAUUCUGCAGUGAGUUGGGCAGCUGUGGUUUUAUGUUUUUUGGAUACAAUCAGGGUUCGCACCCGGACAUCCCUUUCAGACGGCGUCCACAUUUACUCCUGUUGGAUGUGGUUCGUCCUUCUUGGUGGUAUGCUGACAUUACUCUGGAUACCGUGGCUUUUGAUACAUCACAAAGACUUGCUGUCUUGGUCACAGAUGCGCCAGCAAGACGUGCCCAAACAAUUUGUCCUCUUUUGUCACCCAUAAUAUUGUGUGCAUUGCAAUAUUUUGAGCUAAACUGCUUUUACUCUGCUAAUUGAACCUUCACACUCUGCUCUUACUGGUGCAAUGUGCAAUCAAUGAAGAUUGGCCACCAGGCUGGUCAAAUUUAGCCAUGAAACCUCCAACACUAAAUUGGCAGGUGUUUCAGUUUCAUUGCCCAACCCCUGUACAUACACAUAGACACACAUACAUGCCAUAUAUACGUAUAAAAUCUACUUAGCCUCAGUAUAUAUUUUUUAUAGUUUUGAGGUCCUGUAUUGUUUUUAUUUCUAAUUGUAAUAUAUUCCAAAUCUGUGGACCUUUGGCCAAAAGCUGUCCUGCGCUUUGUGGGUUUACAGCCUCCACUGACUGUUCCUCUCGUAGAAGCUCCUUUAUUUGAGUAUUUUUCUAUCAUUUCACUAACUAGGUCUGGGGCAAAGCCAUUCACACACUUAAAAACCAGUUUAAGAAAUGAGAGAUUUAUGAAAUUGACGAAGCUUAACAAGUUGUACUUUUGCAGAACUAUGCAACGGUGCCAUUUCAUUGGCUUUUGUUUUAUAGUACUUUUUCAAAACUCUCUACUGCUUAUAUGUGUGUAUGUUUUAAUUGGUAAGAUUAAUAAGUAGUUGGUGGCAUUUAGUUUAGUACAAGGCUGCACAAGUUGUUUCUCGCUGAGUCCACUCAUUGGGCUCUAUUUUCGUUCGCGCCGGUGAGGCGGCGGAGGGCGGCGAGCCCCGCGCAGUUGUAUUUUCGUCUGGCGGAGCCCAGCGUAAGGCGAGUUUGGUAUUUUCGUGGACUGAGUCGCACGGAGGCGAGCCGAGAUCCGCCAAGCUGGGCGUGGUGGCGUGGCAGGGGGAGGUGUUGACAGAAUCAGCUGGCGCAGUGACAUUUUCGUGCUCGCCACCGGCGUGUAACGUGCGCUGAAAGCUCGCCGAUUCAAACCUGGUCAGCUUUCAGCGCAAAGCGGAACGCAGCUGGUCUAGUAGUAUUUUGGUAGACCGGCGGCGUAUCGACAUACGUCACUGAUGCCUCACCGGCAGGUUUCCACAGUGUCAGGCAGAUUUCAGUGCAAUAAAUAAUCAUCAACAACUAUUAAUCUGAGUCAGCACAUACAUUUAGAUCUAUAUCGAUAUAUUCUGAUCUAUAUCUGAUCUGAUGAGCGCGUUUGGCACGCGUUUGGGCACACAACCUGACCGAAUCAAUACAGCUGAAACUGCAUCAAAUUAAAUUAAAUAUCUAGUAAAUAAACACACAUGAUGAAGUUAACAAGAUAUGUAAUGUGUCUUCUUCCUUUUCUUUCUUCCUCUUAUUUCUUGCACAGCUCGACCUGGACACGUCUCCGUGUCCUCUGUCCGUCUUGCUUGCUGCUGCGGCUGAACAGCUGAUUUGUUUCAGUGCUCAGAUGCAUUAUCUACUUUAAGCCGACAUACGGAUAUUAUAAUAUUCAUUUUUGUGGGCCAAAUUUAUUUUAUAUGCCAACAUCUGUGAAAGAAAGAGCCAGGCCACGGAGCGCGAUGCGUCGUUUACGCACAGAUGGUUCCGAUUUUAAUGCCAUUUUUGGAGUUUAUGUUGUGAUCUGUGCGCUAAACCCACCUUUGUCACGUGAGGUUUGAAUAUGAGCAACUUUAUGUGAGUGUCUUUAUUUGUGGAAAAGGGUGUUUGUCUUACCAGUGGGUCCAACCUUACACACACCAAAUCCAUCUGUGCUCAGAUGAGAGAGUGUGGAGGACACUUGUUGAGCAGCUGCCCUCUGUCGCCAUCGUGUGGCAUAACUGUCUUCAGACAUCUCUCGAUCUCUUUGACUACUUCAUGAAAUAGUAAUACGCCUCGCCGGUGGUGGAUUUAAAGACAAGGAGAGGAGCUUAUGUGAUUGGUGAAAACAGGUCUCGGCUGUGUUAAAUCUACUACACGCCCUCUCUCCUCCCCGUCUACGACUUAUGCUGCUGGGAGGAGCUGAGUUAGGGAGGGGGGAUACUUACGCCGGGCUGCGCGGCUCACCAAAAUACCAAAUUGUGCUUGGGAACGCCUUGUCAGCGCUGCGGAUCUGACUGACGCUGCGCUUGCGGCAGAUCUCCGGCGAGGCACCAAAAUAGAGCCCAUAAUGUUAAAUUUCACUAACUUGCUGCUGGCUCCCUUCAGUAAAGACAUUAAAUGGUGUCAAUCCUCUCUCCUAACACUCUCACCAAGAGAGCGACCAGGUUUGUUUAUUGAAAUGCUGAAUAAAAAACACAGUAAAGAUAUGAAUAGAAAUGUUAAUGGCCAUUUCUUCUUUUUUUCUUCUAAACCAGAGCACGGUUUUAUGAGGGAACUGAGCUGGUGGCUGAUUCUGGUGUGAUUAUUGACACAACCAUGAGAGGAGGACGACUCGGCGUGUUCUGUUUCUCUCAAGAAAACAUCAUCUGGUCCAAUCUGAAAUACCGAUGCAAUGGUAAGAAAAGAAAAGCCUCCAUCCAAAAUCUACUUAGCCUCAGUAAUGAUUUGGCAUCCCGUGGGAGACACUGUUUUCGGAGCAAUUUAUAUUCUCUUUGUGUCCUUUGUAACUAUAACUGCCUGAGAAAUGGGACAGCAUUAGCAUUUACACUCUAUAAUGUUGCUGUAAUAACAAGACUGCAGCUGUGAGUAAGAUUGGCCUCCUUUAGUCGUGGAGUGUCUCUUGAUGCUUAUCUCUUUCUGCCACAGACACCAUCCCGGAGGAUUUCCAGGAGUUCAGCAAUUAGUGCGCUGUCAGCUCACUCUGAAGAAGAUCAUGACACCAGAACUCUAAAUAAUGCUGUGUGUGGUUGUGCAAGUGUAUGUGUGCAAGUGCCUGUUUGUUUGUCUAUCUUUGUACAGUUUCUGUGCAUUUAUGAACACAAGUUUUGUACUGUACGUGCCUAUUAUCAUGUCUGUUUUCUUUUCCCGACCAAUGCAGCACAACACGAAAGGAAACAAAGUCAUGUGUUAAAGAAAUAACUUUAAAAAACACUUUAACAUCUGGCUAAUGAAUUCAU